UGAGGAUCAUUCAAAGGAGAUGAGCCCGUCAUCGAAAAUGAAUUUUAUGGAACAUUUGCACUUGCGGUGGAGAGCAGGUGACCAACGCUGUAGUGAAAGGAGCAAAGGGGCUCAGCAUGGGAGACCUUGCCCUGACAGACACUGUGUGUGAGCUUUGAAGCUCUCGUUUGCGAUCAUCUUGAUCAUAGUUGCCGAUCUCCGAGCUUCUGCUGCGAAUGCAUCGAGUUUGCUGCCACCUGAUCCAAUUUUGCAAAUUGGAAAAGCCAAGACUACACACAAGAAUGGACAACACGAUCGACGGGGAGUUGAAGUCGUUUCAUCGGUUCGUCAAGCUGAGCUGAGAGAGGAUCGCCGACUGGAGUUGGCUGAAGUACAUGACAAACUGUCCGGUGAUGACAACGGUGAAGGGAGGAUGGUAGACUCCGGCCAUGCCGCAUCCCAUCUGCUCAGAGAGGGUACGGAGCGCAGAGUUCUAAGGACUCAUACAAGUUAUCUCAGACGCACACGCCCUCUCCGAACUCUGGCUUGGAUAAGUUGGAUUGACCCACCAAACUCAAACUCAUCUGCUCAGGGGAUGAACAAGCUUGCUGUCGGUGUUAUGCAGGCAAUCAACAGUAAGACGAAUUUCAGUGCGAAUGGCAGUGCAAAUGGAAGUACAAAUGUGGUGUUUUCUCCCCUUAGUGUGUUUACAGUGCUAGCUAUGUUGAGUGGGGGUGCGGAGGGCAACACUCUGUCUCAGCUUUUGACAGCACUGAAUGCAUCCGAUGUUUAUCAGCUGAGUGAUGGCGUGGGACGCAUGCUGUUGCGGGCUGCCGAUGAUAGCACUGCAAGCCAAGGUGAAGGGGGCCAGAGAACAAUGCUGUGUGAGUUAGCGAACAAUCUGUGGGUUCAGAAUAGGUUCCCUCUCACGGACCGCUUCGUCAACCUUACAAAUUCAACGUACCAUGCGGUUCCGCAGGUCGUCGACUUUUCUGUCGAUGCAGACGCCAUUCGUCAGACAAUCAAUGCUUGGGUUUCAAAAGUCACACAUGGUAAGAUUUUAGACCUUCUCCCUGUUGGUUCCUUGGGUAGCGUGACACGAGUGGUACUUGCAAAUGCUCUCUAUUUUAAAGCUGUGUGGGCUGACAAGUUCAACCAAUCAUUGAUGGAGCCCGGCCCGUUCAUGCUAUCCAGUCAAACUUCGGUUGAUGUCCCAAUGAUGAAGAUGAAGGAUCUGCAAGGGUCUGUGCACAGCAUGUGAAACAAAGAGGGAUCGGCAGGGAACUUCUCUGUGCUGCGGCUACCAUAUAGAGUGGGGAUGGAGAAUGAAGGGGUGGGUACGUCGGGGUGGGCGAUGUAUAUAUUCCUCCCAGAGAGAGUCGAUGGCCUCGCUGACCUCGUUGCGGAGCUCACUCCUGAGCAGUUGAGCACGUGUCUUUCAAUUAGCUCGAGCAUAGACAGUGAGGUUUGGAUCUCCGAGCUUAGGAUGCCCCGAUUCCGUCUGACGUCAGACACGCUGCUUCUAAGUGAUGCCCUUAAGUCAAUGGGGAUUGUGGAUGCAUUUGACCCAUUGUCUGCAAACUUUACAGCCAUGGCGAACGCCGCUGAAUCACCCUACGUGUUAGAAGUAUACCACAAAGCUUACGUGGAAGUCAACGAGGAAGGCUCAGAGGCAGCGGCUGCAACGGCUGUUGGGCUCUUAGGCGCCGGACCUCCUCCCCAUACCUUUGUCUCGUUCAUCGCCGAUCAUCCAUUUUUGUUCAUCAUUCAAGACCCUUUAGGAAACAUCAUCAUUUUGGGACAGGUCCAGAACCCAACCCUGUAGAACCAAUUGCUCUAAUAUCCGUUUGUGAGAAAUGCGCUGAUCUGGAUUGUGGGUGUGUUUGAUGCGGAAAUUGAUGGAACUUUGAUCCAAUCGCUGCGAACUUUACAGCCAAGUCGACUGCCGCCACCGUGACCACCACCAGCAAAUCGGUGUACGUGUAGCAGUUGCAGCACGAAGCUUAGUAUGUGGAAGUCAACUCAAGUUACUCAACGUGGAGGAGCCAGCCACGGCAACGGUCGUCCCUGGUACUAUGCUUGAUCGGAACAGUUCGCUCUCUUUCAUUGCCGCGAAUUUGCCGGUUAUCUAUUCCGGGACCAGAUUUACGAGGACUCACUGACAGGAAGCGUGACCAUCAAGAGGAAAGCAAAUGACUAGUAGAUAUUUGCAGUCAUAUUCUCUGCUGUGUGAAGGAGCUAGUGUUCAUGCCAUUCAGAGAUCCUAUGCUGACCCAAGGUCAUUCCAAGAAUCUAUCGGUCAGAUUCGCUCUUAGAAACUGCAUGUUCAUGCCUGGAUAAUAGCCUCGAAUGCAUAAUGUGGAGAUGGUGGACCUGCAUAAUAUGAAAACCUUUACCGAAGUAAGCUUGAGAUGGAUGGUAACACAUGACAAAAGACAAGAGAAGGGUAGAGAUAGGGUGGUAAACCUAGACUCUAAACCCAUAAACCCUGAUUCUAAACCCAUAAACCCGGACUCUAAACCCAUAAACCCUGACUCUAAACCCAUAAACCGGACUCUAAACCCAUAAACCCUGACUUUAAACCCAUAAAACCUGACCAGGCUGACCCUAAGCCCAUAAAACUGAUUCUAUUCGUGUUUCAGUGUUUAAGUGUAAACCUAGACUCUAAACCUA